AUGGUCAUCAUCAUUGUUUGCCCCUCAUCAUCAUCAGCAGCAUUCAUCAUCAUUGUUUGCCCCUCAUCAUCAUCACCACCAUUCAUCUUGGUCCUCAUCAUCAUCAGCAUCAGCAUCAGCAUUGUUUGCCCCUCAUCAGCACCAGCAUCAUCAUCAUCAUCAGCAUUCACCAUUCACCAUUCAGCAUUCGCAUCAUCAUCCUCAUCAGUAUCAUCAGCAUUCAUCAUCAUCAUCAUUGUUUGCCCCUCAUCAUCAUCAGUACCAGCAUCACCAUCAUUGUUUGCCCUCAUCAUUAUGAUGAAAAAAACUUUAGUUAAUCAAUGA